AUGUUGAUUGGAUCUGAGCUUGAGGGCCACGGCAUCCAGAUUUUUGAUAUGAAGAAGCUGCUAAAUAUCAAACCUGCCGAAGCACCAGUUCUCUUUACAAAUGAGAAUGACCUUACCGGCCACUUCAGCGAGUCCCUUCCGCUGGGCCGCAGCCACAAUGUUGUCGUCAACGAGGAGGCCAAGUAUGCCGUAGCCGUUGGCGUCCAGCCCCGCAAUGAAGGCUGUAUGGGCGGUCUACACUUCUUCAGUCUCGAGGACCCCAGCAACCCUGUCUUCCUGGGUUGCGAUGGCCAGGAUGGAUAUGUCCACGAUGCGCAAUGUCUCAUUUACCGGGGACCCGAUGCCAAGUAUAACGGUCGCGACAUUUGCUACGGCUACAACGAAGACACGUUGACUAUCUACGAUGUUUCUGACAAGAAGAACUCCAAGAUAAUUUCUCGCACAAGUUAUGAAGGCGCCACAUUUACCCAUCAAGGCUGGGUCAAUGACUUGAACUGGCAAGAAUGGCUAUUCAUGGACGACGAGUACGAUGAGGAUGACUUGGCGGGUCCUGCUGCCGACGGGUACCCAGUAACUUACAUCUGGGACAUUCGGUCCUUGGAAAACCCUCGCCAAACCGGAAUCUUCAAGGGCAGCGUCAAGGGUAUUGACCACAACCAAUACGUUGUCGGAGAUCUGCUCUUUCAAUCCAACUACGGUGCCGGCGUUCGUGUUUGGGACAUCUCAUCAGUGCCCGAAGAUCCCACGGGUAAUUCAGUUUGCGAGAUUGCAUACUUCGACAUUUACCCUGAGGACGACUCUCUUCCUGGAGGCGGUGCAAUCCAGUUUUCUGGCUCGUGGUCUUCAUACGCUUAUUUCAAGUCGGGCUUCAUUUUCGUCAACACAAUUGAGCGAGGUGGCUAUUUGGUCAAAAUGACAAAGAAAGAGGCGUGCAAGCCCAAGAGCUGCAGCGCGGACAACUGCCUGCGUGCUCUGAGAGCCUCCAGCGUUCCGGGCCGGCUUGAGGAGAGCCAUAAGUUCUGCGGUGAGUUCACCAAGACAUUUGUCGCAGAUAUUGCAGUUGUCCCUGGGUAUGCCACAGAGGCGUGCGCGACCAAUGUCAUCUCGAGGGUGAGCUCGGCUUGCUCUUGCUUACCAACUCCGACUGCGUAA